UCCUCUGCUCUCUCCAGUUUCCUCCUUCUCGCCAUUCCUCACCAUUUGACGACACUCUUCCCACCCUGCCCAAAGAGUGCAGAGUGAGUUACUUUGGAAUACGAUCUGCACAUCAAUCCGAUUCGACCGACGCAAAGAAGAAGGAGAAGAACUGGAAGAGGAAGAAGACAAAUACAAGUCACCAUGGCGCCGGCGGCGAAUCACUUGUGGCUCUGGCUGGGCCUCGCGGCCGUGGGAGGCGUGAUAUACGUUGCAGGCAUUGUGGUCUACCGCCUCUUCUUCCACCCGCUGGCCAAGUACCCGGGUCCGCUGGUCGCCAAAAUCACCGACGGCUACCAGCUCUACCACGCCUGGAACGGCGACCGCCAUCUGGACUUUUACAAGCUUCACAACAAAUACGGCAAGAUCGUCCGCUUCGGCCCCAACUCGCUCUCCUUCAACUCGGCCGCCUCGCUCAAGGACAUCUACGGCUUCCGCACCAACGUCCGCAAGGCCGAGUUCUACAACGCCUUUGUCCACCCGGCCCCCAACACCCACAACGCCCGCGACAAGGACGUCCACGCCCGCAAGCGCCGCGUCCUCGCCCACGGCUUCUCCGACAGCGCCAUGAAGGAGAUGGAGCGCUACAUCCUCGCCAACGUGCGCUGCUUCACCGCCGAGAUGGGCCGCGCCGACGGCGCCGCCGCCGCCGCCGACUCCAAGGGCUGGUCCGCCCCCAAGAACAUGACCGACUGGUGCAACUACCUCGCCAUGGACAUCCUCGGCGACCUCUCCUUCGGCAAGGCCUUCCACAUGCUCGAGGCCCCCGACAACCGCUUCGCCCUCGACCUGAUCGCCGCCGCCACCAAGAGGCAUCUUCUGUGCGGCACCAUGCCCAUCGUCGACAAGCUCAAGCUCGACAGGCUCCUGUUCCCGACCAUCGCGGCCGGCCGCGCGCGGUACAUGGCCUACAGCAAGGCCCAGCUGACGGAGCGCACCAAGCUGGGCGAGGACACGGACCGCCGCGACUUCUUCUACUACCUCCUCAAGGCCCGCGACCCGGAGACGGGGCUGGGCUUCUCCGUCCCCGAGCUCUGGGGCGAGUCGAACCUGCUCAUCAUCGCCGGCGCCGACACGACGUCGACCGCCAUGGCGGCCACCUUCUUCUACCUCGUCCGCAACCCCGACGCGCUCGCCAAGGCGACGGCCGAGGUCCGCGGCAAGUUCUCCGACGUCGAGGACAUCCGCCAGGGCGCGGCGCUCAACUCGUGCGCCUACCUCCGCGCCUGCAUCGACGAGGCCAUGCGCCUGUCGCCCUCGGUCGGCGGCCUGCUCCCGCGCGAGGUGCUGGCGGGCGGCGCGACCAUCGACGGCGCCCGCGUGCCCGCCGGCACCGUCGUCGGCACGCCGCACUACGCGAUCCACCACAACGAGGACUACUUCCCGAACGCGUACGCGUACGUCCCGGAGCGAUGGAUCGUCGGCGCGAGCAACCCCGCCACGGCGGCGGCGACGACGACGACGACGACGACGGAGGAGGACGUGGCGCGGGCGCAGAGCGCCUUCUGCCCCUUCAGCGUCGGGGCGCGGGGGUGCAUCGGCAAGGGGCUGGCGUACGCCGAGAUGUCGACGACGAUCGCGCGGACGCUGUUCCUGUACGACGCGCGCAGGGCCGUCGGCGUCGUCGACCCGGCCGAGGGGCGGCCGGAGCUGCCCGAGGGGCGGAGGCGGGCGUCGGAGAUGCAGCUGUUUGACACGUUUACGAGCAUGAAGGACGGGCCGAUGGUCGAGUUCCGGGCGAGGUCGUGAGUUUGUUUUGGGGGAGUUAUUCUGGUCUUUUCUUUUUCUUUUUUUACUCUUUCUUUUCCCUUUUGGUUCAUGAAUGAAAGGGAUCGAGAUGAUGGAAAAGAAUGCGAUUGAGAAUGGCCCUCCCCCCAAAGAUCCCGACAGGAUGAGACUAGGUUAGGUU